AUGACGGAUCGUUCGCAAAAUCUUCUUCAAUUAUGGAAUUCAGCGUCUGAGUUAACAAUAGGCCAAAUGUCAAGGUAUAGAAUACUUUUUGAUAAGUCGAAACACAUUUCUAGUUCUGCUUGGCCUCCCACGACCUUGGUUCUUGAAAUUACCAAUACAACUUCGAUGCUAUUUCGAGGUGCAAUAUUAAGUGGACCUUAUAAUAUAUCAGCUUCGUUUGUUGAAUCAAAAUAUCGUGGUGUAAAGCCUGAGCCGACUUUAUCUUUUCCUCCAAAAAUGAAAGCAAGUAUCCAAUGUGGUGAUACAUGGCAAGUGAUAAUAGAUGUUCCUACAAGUGGCAUUGGCAAUUGGAUUAUUGAUAUAUUGAGUGAAAUAUUAUUUACAUCUACCAAAGUCAAAUAUGAUGUAAAAUUAUUUGCUACCAUACCUAAAGAUGCUUCCAUUGAAGAUGAAUUUGAAAUAACCAAAAAUAUAUUAACUAGUGACGAUGGCACUACCACCACCUUUUCUUCUUCGAUAGAAUACGUUUUUUUAAAAAAUCAUGAUCUCUUCAAGUUACCUGAUCUAACUACAUUAAAGGCUAGUGAUGAUUAUCACCUUAUUGUGUUGACUCACGGAAUUCACGGGACAAUGCUUGAUGAAUUAUUCCUGAAGGAAGCUAUGGAAGAAAAACACAAGGAUAAAAAUAAUAUAUUUUUUAUGUCAGAUUUACUUCAUUCAUAUACUGAAAGUGGUAUAGAGGCAUGUGGGAAAAGGUUAUCCACAAACCUUUUGGAAUAUUUAAGAUGGCCAUGGGAUGAUAAUCGACAUUUGAUUUCAAAAAUAUCAUUUAUUGGUCAUUCUUUAGGUGGAUUAAUUAAUUUAUUUUUAAUAGGUUAUCUUCAUAGUGUUACGGAAGGAAAAUUUUUUAGUGAUAUAAAACCGAUAAAUUUCAUAGCCAUAGCCUCUCCUUUUCUUGGAUCUUCUGAUUUAUCAUGGUAUAUAACAGCAGGUUUACGCAUUGGAAUAGCUGGUCAAACUGGAAAGGAUUUAGCAUUGAUUCCUCAACAUAAACCUAGAAGUAGUUCGAAUGUUAAAAAUAAUAAAAAAGACGAACCUCUCUUGUUAUCUCUUGCUCAACCAAAUUCACCAUCUCACAUAACACUUUGUAAAUUUCAAUGUCGUACAAUUUAUGCAAAUGUAGCUAAUGAUGUACCAGUUUCGUUUCGUUCAUCUGCACUUUAUUUUCAUGAUCCUUUAGAUAUAAAUUUAAAACAAACAAUUACAAUUGCAAAACAAUUGAAUCAUUUAUUUAAAACAAUAAACCCUUCUAUCACUACGGAAGAAUUUAUUAAACGAACAUGUCAAACCAAAUCUCCUAUAGUACAUGAUAAGGUUUAUUCCCCUUCAGAUAUUCCACUUCUUGACGAAAAUGAAGAGAUAAAUAUUUCCAUAGAAGAAAAAAUUGCCAGAGCUUGGCAUAAGGAUAUGACGUGGCGAAAAGUGUUCAUUUUACUUGAGGGGGAUGCACAUACAAAUGUUAUUGUGAGAAGAAAAUGGUUGAACAUCUCUGGAUGGAAAGUCAUUGAACAUUUAUCCAAUGAACAUGAAUUGUAA